AUACGUUAUAAAUAGACAGACUCCAAACAGGCAAAUUUGGCUUUCUUCUCCAACGUCUGGACCAAAACGUUACGAUUUUGUAAAGGAUAAUUUGAUGAACAUAUAAAAAAAAAACUAAAUAUAACAACCAUGGAGAUUAUGGAAGAUGGGAGCUUAGUAGAUCGCGUUAGAAUUUUAUUGCAACGGGACAUGCAAUAUUAUCAGGAGAUGCAGACCGUGCUAAGGGAAGCUUUGUGCAUUCGUGUUAGCGGUGGAAAGCUUGAUUUUCCAAGGCAUGCUUCAUUCGCAGCAAUUAAGAUCGUUAUGUGGUGGGAGGCUGAAUUUCUGAUCACUUUUAAACGGUCUUCGGGAUUAAGUACCGUUAAAUGUAAAAAUUUAACGGAACUCGAGGCUAACGAUGGUGUCGUUAAAAACGUUCAACCAUCUGAAUUUAUACUUAUGGUUGUUGAUACGGCUGAUCAAUUGCUCGAAUAUAUUUUUUUAGAACAUUUGCAUACGUUGAUACAGGAAUGUUUAGAUCAUGCAGAUUUGACCGUACUUACGGCUACUUUAGGAGCCGCAUCAUUGAUACGAAAUUGUCUUUGGUGUUACAAUCAACAUGUCAAAAAUGUUGUCUCUCCAGGUUCAAGCGAAAAAAUAAAUAAUUGUUACAAAUCUUAUCACGAAAUGGCGGAAGCUGUUGCCGAGAGGCUUCUUGAUUUACAUUGUCGUUUAAUCUCUUUAUACAUACUCAAUGAAGCUGAUUCACUUGGUUGGAAUAGUAAUAAAUCGUUUUUUGAAAGAGAAAGAUGUUCAUUUGUAAUACAAAUGUGGUGGCUUUAUAUGCAAGGAACAAAAGCAGAUUUAUGGGAAACCGUACCACCGCAAAUGGCUCAACGCGUAUUCACGGGAAUGUUAAACGAGUCUCUGUCAAUCAUCGUAACUCGAUUCAUUUAUGGUCGACCUACGUUAGCUCGAUCCGAACAAUUUUGGACAGACGCUUUCAAUGUACUAUGUUGCACCGGAUAUCUAAGUUUAGCUGCUUGCACCGAAAGUGAAGAGAUGAUAGGUGUCAGAUCUAAUAAAUUACCAACAAUUAUAAGGGAUGUUCAUGCCAAAUGUAACGAGUUACUUGUUUGCCUUUUAUUUCGUGGUACACCAUUGGAAGAUUUGUAUCAAGCUUUUCGUAAUGGAUUAGAAAAUUUACAAGUUUUGCAACCAAGACGUGGUCCUUCACCAUGGGUACUUGUAUGCAUUCCACGUUUAUUGGGUACAUCAGAUUUAGAUGUACACGUAAAGGAAUUAUCAGAAGAUAAAAUCGUGAUUAUUGAAUUGAAUAUUCUUAGAAAUCAACCACAACCCAAUUGGACACAAUUAAUGAAAGUGUUGUCAAUGAACAAUAACGUGGUAGCAAAAUUAUUAUUAAAUACGUUGGUACGUAAAUGCAUCGGUUUUACUUCAGAAGAAGAAAAUUUUACAAUGACGAAAGUGAAAUCAACUAACAACAAAGAUGGAAAUAAUAAAAACGAAAAAAUCAAGACAAAUUGCGAUGGAUUUUUGUGCAGCGAGUCGAGUUGUAAAAAAUUAGCAAAAAUAUCAACGAAUUUAGGACUUUUCAGUUUGACAUAUAUUCUUGCGGUUAGCGUUAAUGAACCCGAAGAUGUAAUUAUACCAGCUUUGAAGCAGGAUCCUAAUUGGGCUAAUUAUCUCGAUAGGCAACAGGUUUGGAAUCAAUCGAGACCACCAUGGUUAAACGCACUUUUGGUACCUUUAAAAACUAUGAUGCCAGCAAUCGUAGAUACCCUUUUGGAUGCCGUCAAAACAGGAGCAAGCAUGUAUCAAGCUAUGUCCUUAGCAUUAGCUUGUUUUACCGAAUUACACGUGACCACACCAAUAUCAAUUUUGCGAACAGCACUAGCACUUAACAACAAUGUACCAGCUCGUUGUCAUCCAUUGGGUAAUUCCGUACUUUUACAAAUAUUUUCCGCUGCCCUUUAUUCCACGUUUCUCGAAAUAGCAGCUAAUAAUCAAACGGGCGUACUACAAAGUAGUACAAUUUCGAUGGACGUCAAUUUGGAGUCAGGCUCAUUUAAUCCCCACGAUAAAAUUGCUGCAUCAAAUGCAUUGGCUGAAGCAAUAUGUAGCAUAGACGAGGAUAACAAACACACGGCCCAAAUAGAUCAUUUUUCGCAAACCAUCGAAGAUAGCGUUAAAGCAGUGGAUCAAAAUCCAAGAUGCGACAAAUUGAAAAAUAUGACACGCAUCGUAGAAACUUACACUGACGAAUUGUUGCUCACCAAAACAGGAAGACAAUCAUUAAAAAUAACACACGAGUAUCUAUUAUGUGCUUCCGAUUGGGUGCUGAACAGGCUGAGAAACGGAGGGAGUUGUUACGCACAACCGGAUUUAAUCGAUUUCUCCGAAAUUCCAUUGAAGGCAAAACCGUUAACCCAUAUCAUGUUCCACAUCGAAGAUACAGAUUUUGAUCAAUUUUUAACUAAUUACGAGUCAACGAAUUGGAAAAAGGUAUUGACAAUGCCAUUAUCCGUGAGCUUGGAACGAGCUCGUAACCAAAUCCUCGCUCGUCCAGAAUUUAAGAAUAUUGGGGAACUUUCGCAGGAGGAGAGAGAAGUGGUCAAUUCAAUUAAACGGAUUUGCUCUUCCGUAAGAUCUGCACGUUUUAAAUAAAAGAAAAAAAUUUUCCCCUCUACCCUCCCCCUUCACUCCUCUCCCCUCUUAGGGAAUCGAGACAAAUAAUUUCAUUUAUAUAUUCGUCGUCGUCUUAUAUGUAUUUACUUCACAAAUGACUUUUUAAUAUACAGUUUUUUUUUUUAAAAUAAGUAAAAAACAAGAUUGAACGAACGAUAUUCGUUGUAGUAAACUCAAUUUAAUUAAUUAAUAUUUUAUUUAUAUCUUGAAAUAAUUUCAAAUCAAGGAUAUUUAAAAAAGAAAAC